AUGACCAACGUAGCACAGCAGCAGGGAGCUGGCGUGGGCUCAGCCAUGCACAAGGUUGCACGAAGUGGAUUCGAUUCGUCCGGCGGCUCCGGCCUGUACGAUCGCGCACGACCCUCCUACCCGCCUGCUGCCAUCGCUGCCAUCGUUGCUGAGGCAACCAAUACAAGCUCACCAUCGCCACUGCGAAUCGUCGAGCUUGGUGCAGGAACCGGGAUUGCGACACGUAUGUUGCUGGCUGCUGCCACCUCGACUUCGGCCGAUGGCACUCCACCUCCUGGCCUCGCUUCUCUUACCGCUAUCGAGCCUUCGGCUGGUAUGCGCUCCCACUUUGAAUCCGCUAUUGCCUCGGGAGAAGACUCGCUCAAGCAGCAGAUGCAGAACGAAGGCCUCCUCUCCCCAUCCACCAGCAUCACCAUCGAGGACGGCGCUUUCGAGUCGUUUGAUGCAGGAGUAGGCAACGAUGCAGUUGUCGUCGCGCAGGCCUGGCACUGGUGUCAGGACUGGGAUGCGGCUCUUCAGCAGGUAGCUAAAGCGCUUCGAGUCGAUGGAAUCCUCGCUCUCAUUUGGAACUUGGAAGAUCGCGAGGCUGCUCCAUGGGUAGCACAGAUCCGAGAUCUUUACGAAAUGUACGAGGACAACACACCUCAAUACCGACACAUGUACUGGCACGCCAUGUACAAGGCUCCUACUUUGGCUAGUCAAUUUCAAGCCGACAAGCCCAAACACUACCAUCGCACCAUUCCAACAACACUGCAGGCCGUCAUCGACAGAGUGCUGUCCAAGUCGUAUAUUUCGGUCUUGCCACAGGACAAGCAGGACCAGCUGGUCAAGCAGAUCUCAGACUAUCUCAACAACACCCCUGAUGAGCAGUUGGGUAGGAAAUGGAUCGACAAAGAACAGGGUAUUUGGGAGUACCCUUACCGCACAGACCUAUUCAUCUUCCAUCGUAUCUGA